AUGGCAUUUAGUAAGGGAGCCCUACUUCAUAUCAUCUUCUUAUGUUUCACGUUUAUUUCUUGGGAAUUAGAGGUUGAAGGAGUUCCCGAUUACAGGGAUGCUCUAGCUAAGUCCAUUUUGUUCUUUGAAGGACAGAGGUCCGGGAGGGUUCCUAAAGGCCAACAAAUCACAUGGCGAUCCGACUCUGGACUUUCCGAUGGUUCAUUAGCUCAUGUGGACCUCACCGGAGGCUAUUAUGAUGCCGGAGACAACCUAAAGUUCAAUUUCCCAAUGUCCUUCACCACCACAAUGCUAUCGUGGUCCACUCUUGAGUAUGGCAAGAAAAUGGGCCCCCAAUUACAAUCUGCGCGAGUCGCCAUCCGUUGGGCCACAGACUACCUCCUGAAGUGUGCAACCGCAACCAGCGGCCGGCUCUACGUCGGCGUGGGUGACCCGAGUGCAGACCAUAGGUGUUGGGAGAGGCCAGAGGACAUGGACACCGUCCGAAGUGUGUAUUCGGUAUCACCGAGCAAUCCGGGUUCAGACGUUGCGGGAGAAACAGCGGCGGCAUUGGCAGCGGCUUCGAUGGUUUUUCGAAAAGUCGAUCCGGUUUACUCGAAAUUGCUAUUGAGAACUGCUAAGAAUGUUAUGCAAUUUGCAAUUCAAUAUAGAGGAUCCUAUAGUGAUUCACUUGGAUCAGCUGUUUGCCCUUACUAUUGCUCAUACUCGGGUUAUAAGGAUGAGUUGUUAUGGGGAGCUGCAUGGCUUUAUAGAGCAACAAAUGAUGCAUCUUACAUGAAUUUCAUAAGAAACUUGGGGGCCAAUGAUGCAACCGACAUAUUUAGUUGGGACAACAAAUUUGCUGGUGCUUAUGUUCUCCUUGCAAGGAGAUUCUUGGUGGAGAAAAAUCAGGCUUUCCAGCCAUUCAUACAACAAUCUGAAGAUUUCAUCUGUAAAAUUCUACCCAACUCUCCUGGCUCCAGUACACAAUACACACCAGGAGGUUUGAUGUAUAAAUUAAGUGCAAGUAACAUGCAGUAUGUGACAAGUAUAACCUACUUGCUUACCACUUACUCAAAAUACAUGGCAACUGCAAAGUAUUCUUUCAACUGUGGAAACCUAUUGGUCACCUCAAAGACUCUACGCAGCCUAGCCAAAAGACAAGUUGACUACAUUUUAGGAGAAAAUCCUUUAAAAAUGUCGUACAUGGUUGGUUACGGGACAAAUUUUCCGAGAAGACUUCACCAUAGAGGAUCCUCUUUACCCUCACAGACAAUCCAUCCACAAACUUUUGGUUGCGAGGGUGGUUUCCAGCCAUUCUUCUACACUGCAAAUCCCAACCCUAAUAUUCUAACUGGUGCCAUUGUUGGAGGUCCAAACCAGAAUGAUUUUUUUACAGAUGAUAGAACAGAUUAUAGUCAUUCAGAGCCUGCUACUUAUAUUAAUGCUGCCAUUGUUGGACCUCUGGCAUACUUUGCAGGGAGCAAAUGA